GCCAAGAACAGAAGAUAGUGAGAGCGAAAUGAGAGAGAAAACAGAGCCUCUUUACCUUCCUCGCUGUCGCCACUCUCGCCGCCGCUCGCAGCUAUCGCCGCCGUCGAGCCCCUGACCCCCUCGCAGAGAGCUAGUGACCAUGUUACAGUGGGUGCGCUCUGAUGUCACCAUCGCGCGCCUGAACGGCCUUGUGGCCAAGGGGCUCCUGUGCCCGCUCACGGUGGCGCAGGAGUGGAUCGUUCCCCGCGGGAGGCUGGCGCCGGUGCUGCCCGCGGGGUAUGUCUUCUCCUUCGUCGACUUCCGCGAGCAGGGCUUCGCGACGCCCGCUCACUCCUUCUUCCGGGGACUGCUGCACCACUACGGGGUGGAGCUGCAGCACCUGAAUCCGAACAGGGUUAAGCACAUCUCCGUUUUCAUCGCCCUCUGCGAGGGCUAUUAGGGCGUCCCACCCAUCUUCGACCUAUGGAGGUAUUUCUUUUCCACCUCGCUCAUCCAGACCAAGAUCAACGGCGUCCCCAUGAGCCAUCCCAUGGGCUGCACUAGCAUCCACCUGCAUAGCCGCAACAUCGAGAUGGAGACGCUGAAUACCUCGAACAAGGGGUGGCACACCUCUUGGUGCCUCUUGGUUCUACCUUAAGAACAAAGAGGCAGCCCCUCUACCGAGGUUCAUCGGCCGGUUCGUGGAGGAGGCUACCACGUCCUGGAAGUUCAGCCCCAAGGCGAAGGAGAAGACGAGGCUCGGGAGCAUGCUGGCGGCAGUCCUGCUGCUGAGGGCCGCGGGCCUCACAGGGAGCAGCGUCGUUGGCGCCUACCACGCGCGGAGGGUCGCGCCCGUGAUGGCACGACCCUUCGCGUUGUUCGAGAUGGUUCCCUGCAUCAAGUUCGCAGGGUGCGUCGUGUUGCGGGAGCCGAUCCACAACUCUGAGGUCCGUCGGUGGCUAAGGGAAGCAUUAGAGGCCCCAUCGCCGUAUCCUGACCCCGGUAGCCGGCAAUGCUGCCGGAGCCCGACGCCAUCAUCUUCGAUCGGUCCGCCUUCUUCCUCUCCACCGCGCCGCUACCCGAGAACGCCGCUCAGCGCGAGGUGAACCGUCUCGCCACCGAGGCGAAACUGAAGUAGAAAGAAGACGACAAGUGGAAGAAUGCAGAGCUGCAGAAGAAGAAGGGUGAGGUCACGAAGCGCAAGAGGCAAGGCCUCAUUUCUUCCAGCGACGAGGCAGAAAUGGUCGAUCGCCUGAAGAACGACUUCGCCGACUCCAGUGACCAGCCGGAUUGGGAUGAGCUGGCCGACGAGGACGACACCGGGGUGGAAGGGUCCUCCUCGAUGGCGGCGAAGUCAAGCACCCCUUCCUCGUCGUGGGGUGAUUGCGUGCAGGAGGACACCGCGCUCGAUUCGCGGCCAUCGGCACCGAGGGGGCGGUGCCCCUCCCCUCCUCGGGGAUCGGGAAGGGCCUCCGACCCAUAGUGCGGCAGGGCAAGCGCUCCCCGCAUUGUGGCGGGAACGCGACAGCCAUCUCCUCUCCCAGUGCCCUUGAGUGACGCCGCGCGCACCGCUGGGACGUCCGACCCGCGCCCGGCGGCGAACAUGCUGGGGAAGCGCCACGGCGUACCGGCGGCGAUGACGGUCCCAAAACAGGCCCGCUCGGUGUUGGCACGCGAGCGGCCCAGGAGGUCGUGACCCCGACAGGGUCCGAAGGCGCAGAGGACGACGCCCCCAGGAUCCCUGCUGGGGUGGCCGUCUCGCCGCCGAGGGAGACAAAGGGCGGAAAGUGCCCAAUCUCCCCGCCAGCGGCAGACAUGAUUGAGGUCGACUCCCCCGACCAUCCCAAGGAGCGGGCGGUCUGGGAGGAGCUGCAGACGGGCCCUUCGCCGACGAGCCCAGCGGCGACCCCGUCCGCAUAAGACGCCGGAGCAGCCGAAGGGUCGAGGGCCCAGGUGACCGUUGAAGCUGCGCCGGCGGGGCCCGAGGGGCCGACCCCCGACCCCGCGGUGGCCGCCGACCCCACGCCUUCAGAGUCGGCCGCAGGCGACGCGGUUGUCACGCCCCCGACAAUCGUGGAGGUUCUGACGACGGGGUCAGCGGGGCCGACCCCUGACCCCGCGGUGGCGACAGAGUCGGAGAUGGCAUGCUCGGCCCCCUCGGGGCUGGACGGUGCUGCCCCGACGCCCACGGAGAUAUCCGGGGCGAUGGGGACAGGAGCACUCGUCGCGUCGAUGCCCAUCGUAGGGCCAGUUGGCGCUCCGGCCUCGCCUCUUCCGCAGAGUGGCGUGGUCAUGUCUACUCAGGGAAGUGGUGAUGGUUCGAGACUGCUUGCCCUAACGCGGAACUUUGCGCGGAGGGAGCUCGACUGGGGGCGACUCCGAGGGGCGGCGGCGAACGUGGCCAUGCUGAUGCGCACCCUUCUCGGGCUGGCGCUGGUGGAAAUGGAGCUUCGAGACCAAGAGCGCCUGACCCUGCGGGCCCAGGGUCAGGAGUUCACGGAGGAGCGCUGGAUGAUGGAGGAGGAGCUGGCCUCGGUUCGACGGGCCCUGGAGGAUGAGCGCAAGGUGAGGAUGGCGGAGCACAACGCCACGCGUCAGACCCUGGACGAUGUGCACGCCCAGUCAGUGGUCGUUGCUGCGGAGCUUAAGCAGCUCCGCAAGGAGCGUGGCGAGCUGCACAGUGGACUCCAAACGGUCACGCAGGAACGCGACGCUGCCCUGCAAGAGCGUGGCGCCGCUGUCUAGGAGCGCGGCGGUUGUUGACGCUCACUAACGACCAUUUCCAGGUGUCAACUUGAUCAGAAAAUCAUGAGAGUUUGCAUUUCUUACACGCAUCCUUAUCCAAUAAAGUUCCUAAGUCACACUUUACCUUUUAGAA